AACUCGUGAUCUCGUGACGUAACUUCAUAUGACUUCUGCUGCUCUGUGCUAAGUGAGAGCUUCCCCGUACCGGACCGUGUGCCCGCCCCGCUGCAGUCACCUCCCGCCAGCCGGGGUUCGUUGCUAGAGCUCGCCUCGUACUUGCUGGCAGAAUUCGGAGAGAUGAAGAUCACCGGGCAGGGGAGACUUGCGGAGGCCGCGCUGGGCUUGGCGUUGCUGCUUGGUAUUUUCCAGUCUGCUUAUUCCGUUAAAUUUGAAGUGACUGGCCAGAACAUCACUUGCAUAUUGGCUGAUCUUUCCAUUAAUUUCACAGUUGAAUAUAAAACUGCAGAGAAACAGGUUACAGCUUUGAUUUUGUUACCUGAAAAUGCAGCCACAGAUCCAACAAGCACCUGUGGCAAAGAGAACACAACUGCACCACUUCUGGUCAUCAAGUUUGGAAAUGGCCACUUGCUAAGCAUGAAUUUCACCAAGUCUAAGACACAGUAUCAAGUUGAUGAACUAGUGUUUACUUACAAUCUUUCAGAUAAAGCUACUUUCCCUAAUGCAGUUGAGAAUGGAACUAAGGAAGUGUCAUCAACGAAAACGGCAAUAGCCGCUAAUAUCAACUAUCUUUACAAGUGUUCAAAUCCGCAUCAAGUCACAAUGGGAAAUGUAAAUGUGACAUUUUAUAAUGUUUCAUUGGAAGCAUAUCUGAACAACAAAACCUUCAGUUUAAACGUUUCUUUAUGCAGUGAGGAUACUAGUCCAACCUCCGGACCACCUGUUCCACCAACCACUGCUACACCAACCACUGCACCUGUAAACCCCCAAACACCUAAACCCGGGGAUUAUAGGGUUAAUACAACUUCUGGGGUAGCUUGCAUAUUGGCCAAGAUGGGUUUGCAGCUUAAUAUUACCUACACCAAUAAAGCUGGCAAGGAAAUCCCUUAUGCAUUCAAUAUUGAUCCAAAUCUAAUUAAUGUCGCUGGGACUUGCACUAAUAGUUCAGCAGUUUUGAUGCUAUUAUCGAAGACUGUGGACCUCUCCUUCAACUUCACAUUGAAUACCAAUGCAAGCAAGUUUUAUCUUAGCGAGGUUUUUGUGAACGCAUCUCUCCCUGAUUCAAAAGAUCCCAGGUUUAUUCUGAACCAUGGAAACCUAUCUUACCUGCAGGCAACAACACAUAAGUCGUACAAAUGCAACUCUAAGCAACAUCUUCAGAUUGCAAGCAACUUUGCCAUUGACACCUAUAGCCUUCAAGUCCAGGCCUUCGAUAUAGAUGAAAACAAAUUUGGCCCUGCUGUGGAAUGUGCAGAAGAUCAGAAUGGCAUGCUAGUGCCCAUUGUAGUUGGCGCUUGUCUCGCUGGACUUGUUUUAAUUGUACUGAUCGCUUAUCUCAUCGGAAGAAAGAGAAGUCAUGCUGGAUAUCAAACAAUAUAACCAACAUGGGUUUUUCGUGCAGCUUUACCACUAGCUCAACACAGAAUUGCAGUGAGCCAAUAAUUUGAAUUAGGGAAAUGUAUUUGUGUGGGCAUAAUUUUCAUGCAUUUUAAGAGAUUCUGCUGUCUUAAUGUGACCUGCCAUUUACAAGCAUAUAUUGACUAUGCACUGAGGAUCUGCUCCUGAAAUUAUGAGUCUCAAUUUCUUUUGUUUGCUUAGGGUUGGGCUGUUUCUUAUCACAGUGGAAGAAACAAAGUGCUUAUACACAAGGCGUUCUUACUUAUCAAUGCACUAUUUUUGCAUAGGCGUUCAGUAACGAUCUUACUCUUCAUGCUCAAAGGGAAAAUGUUCUGUUCUACAGGUACUAAGUAUUGCAGAUCAUCCUGCACAUGUGAUUAAUAACGGAAAUGACUUACACCAAUCUAAAUGUAACAACUAUUUGUGUUUUUUUGUUUGGGUUACAGUGACUAUAAUUUUCUCAUUUAGUUAGAAAAGUAAAUGCUAUGCUCAUGCGGGGCAUUAAUAAUGCACUAUUUCUAUUAUAAGUCAUGUUUGCAGUUAUGGACGCUCUGCUUUUCCAGAGCUGUUACUUUUUCUAAAUAAAAUGGGUGUUUUUAUUUUCCAGGAUAUUGUCUUUAAUUUAAACUUACAGCUGGAUGAUAUUUUUCUGCACGUGUACAGUAUAGAUAUGUAUAUGCAGGUUGCCUAGCUUGAUGCCUGAUUGGGGUUGUACACUUGAAGAAAUGUCUGCGUUGUCUUAACAAUAAAAUAUUUGUUUUCUUUA